GGCGCGCUGAGUGACUUCCGGCGGCGCGGGCGCGGGGUCGCGGUGAGCCGGCGCGGGGCCGCGGCGCGAUGACCACCCUGCGGGCCUUCACUUGCGACGACCUGUUCCGCUUCAACAACAUUAACUUGGAUCCUCUUACAGAAACUUAUGGGAUUCCUUUUUACUUACAGUAUCUUGCCCACUGGCCAGAGUAUUUCAUUGUUGCUGAGGCGCCUGGUGGAGAAUUAAUGGGUUAUAUUAUGGGUAAAGCAGAAGGCUCAGUUGCUAGAGAAGAAUGGCAUGGACAUGUCACAGCUUUAUCUGUUGCCCCUGAAUUUCGACGCCUUGGUUUGGCUGCUAAACUUAUGGAAUUAUUAGAAGAGAUUUCAGAAAGAAAGGGUGGAUUUUUUGUUGAUCUUUUCGUACGAGUGUCUAACCAAGUUGCAGUUAACAUGUACAAGCGGCUGGGCUACAGUGUAUACAGGACAGUCAUAGAGUACUAUUCAGCCAGCAAUGGGGAGCCUGAUGAAGAUGCUUAUGAUAUGAGGAAAGCACUUUCCAGGGAUACUGAGAAGAAAUCCAUCAUACCCUUACCUCAUCCAGUAAGGCCUGAAGACAUUGAAUAACCAUAGGCAGUGGUUCUUAGGCAGAUGUUCCAGAUAGUUUGUAGUCUAUGUAUUUUCAAUGGAUGACAUUGGAGCUCUAUUAGGAGAAGUAAGACUUCAAGAACAUAUACCGAUUCCAACUCUCAUUCAUUGUUUUACAGCAAAUAGGUUUGCUGUAAUAAAAUCCAGUCAAGAAGGCAGCUAUGAAGUAGGAUAUGUUCCACUAUCAUGGUUCACAAUAGGCAUAUUGCUCCAGCCACCUCAAUUCUGUGCCUGAGAACCACUGCUGUAUAUACAUAUAUUUUUUAUUUUGUACUGAACUGUUGAUUGAAGCUUUAAAAGCAUAUAUAAAAUGUAUAAAUUUAGAUGUAUAAUAAAAUACAUUGUUGACUAUGAA